ACUGACCACUACUGUGGAACAGGAUAGGUUCCUCCCCGCGGUGAUGGUGCUCAGCUGGGUGCUACCCAGCCUGUUGCCUUGGCCCCGGGAGGUGCAAACCUCGAGCCUGGCCUGACUAUCGGUCAGAAAGGAAAGAACAUGAACGCCAAGACUUUUAGUGCAAGGUACAAGGCGCCCAGAAGAGCUCUAGGUGCCAACCACAGCAAUGCCCUGUCUGGGGUCAGACCAAGGGAGACCUUCUGGACCGCAGUAAAGGCUAGCAGAACGCUUCCGAAUUGUGGGAGAACUACCCGGGAGACGGAACUUCCGCCACAUUCAAAAUGGCGGCCUCGCUCGCCUCACUUCCGCUAGUGGCCGGAAGUUGCGGGUCCUGCAAGUAUGGCGGCGACGAAGGUGAAGCAGGACAUGCCCCCGCGAGGGGGCUACGGCCCCAUCGACUACAAGCGGAACCUACCCCGCCGGGGAAUGUCGGGCUACAGCAUGUUCGCUAUAGGCAUUGGGACCUUGCUCUUUGGCUCCUGGAGAAUAAUGAAGUGGAACCGUGAGCGCAGGCGCCUGCAGAUCGAGGACCUAGAGGCCCGGAUUGCCCUCAUGCCGCUCUUCCUGGCAGAGAAGGACCGGAGGAUCUUACAGAUUCUUCGGGAGAACCUGGAGGAGGAGGCCAUCAUCAUGAAAGAUGUGCCCAACUGGAAGGUGGGCGAGUCUGUGUUCCACACCACGCGAUGGGUGCCACCCUUCAUCGGCGAGUUGUACUGGCUGCGCCCCAAGGAGGAGAUACACAACGCCAAUCAUGGCUUCAUCUGGUACACUUAGGGCCCGAGCUGACGUCCAUAAUAAAGAAUAAUCAAAUAAACACCA